AUGACCCACAUCCUGAUCCUGUACGCUUUAGCGAUCAGCUACCCUAACCUCCCCACAGCCUGGCCCAAACCGCCCCCAGCCCAGCCGCCAGACCCCCAAACCACCCACAGCCCAGCCCAAACCGCCCCCAGCCCAGCCUCAAGACCCCCAAACCGCCCCCAGCCCAGCCUCAAGACCCCCAAACCGCCCCCAGCCCAGCCUCAAGACCCCCAAACCGCCCCCCAGCCGCCAGACCCCCAAACCACCCCCCAGCCUCAAGACCCCCAAACCGCCCCCAGCCCAGCCUCAAGACCCCCAAACCGCCCCACAGCCCAGCCCAAACCGCCCCCAGCCCAGCCCAGCCGCCAGACCCCCAAACCACCCACAGCCCAGCCCAAACCGCCCCCAGCCCAGCCUCAAGACCCCCAAACCGCCCCACAGCCCAGCCUCAAGACCCCCAAACCACCCCCCAGCCUCAAGACCCCCAAACCGCCCCACAGCCCAGCCUCAAGAUCCCCAAACCGCCCCCAGCCCAGCCCAAACCGCCCCACAGCCCAGCCCAAACCGCCCCCAGCCCAGCCUCAAGAUCCCCAAACCGCCCCCCAGCCUCAAGACCCCCAAACCGCCCCCAGCCCAGCCCAAACCGCCCACAGCCCAGCCCAAACCGCCCCCAGCCCAGCCUCAAGACCCCCAAACCGCCCCCCAGCCUCAAGACCCCCAAACCGCCCCCCAGCCUCAAGACCCCCAAACCACCCACAGCCCAGCCUCAAGACCCCCAAACCGCCCCCCAGCCUCAAGACCCCCAAACCGCCCCCCAGCCUCAAGACCCCCAAACCGCCCCCCAGCCUCAAGACCCCCAAACCGCCCACAGCCCAGCCUCAAGACCCCCAAACCGCCCCCAGCCCAGCCCAAACCGCCCCCCAGCCUCAAGACCCCCAAACCGCCCCCAGCCCAGCCCAAACCGCCCCCCAGCCUCAAGACCCCCAAACCGCCCCCCAGCCUCAAGACCCCCAAACCGCCCACAGCCCAGCCCAAACCGCCCCACAGCCCAGCCUCAAGACCCCCAAACCGCCCACAGCCCAGCCCAAACCGCCCCCCAGCCUCAAGAUCCCCAAACCGCCCCCCAGCCUCAAGACCCCCAAACCGCCCCCCAGCCUCAAGACCCCCAAACCGCCCCACAGCCCAGCCCAAACCACCCCCAGCCCAGCCUCAAGACCCCCAAACCGCCCACAGCCCAGCCCAGCCUCAAGAUCCCCAAACCGCCCCACAGCCCAGCCUCAAGACCCCCAAACCGCCCCCAGCCUCAAGACCCCCAAACCGCCCCCAGCCCAGCCUCAAGACCCCCAAACCGCCCCACAGCCCAGCCUCAAGACCCCCAAACCGCCCACAGCCCAGCCUCAAGACCCCCAAACCGCCCCACAGCCCAGCCUCAAGACCCCCAAACCGCCCCCAGCCCAGCCUCAAGACCCCCAAACCGCCCCACAGCCCAGCCUCAAGACCCCCAAACCGCCCCCAGCCCAGCCUCAAGACCCCCAAACCGCCCCACAGCCCAGCCUCAAGACCCCCAAACCGCCCCACAGCCCAGCCUCAAGACCCCCAAACCGCCCCACAGCCCAGCCUCAAGACCCCCAAACCGCCCCCAGCCCAGCCUCAAGACCCCCAAACCGCCCCCAGCCCAGCCUCAAGACCCCCAAACCGCCCCCAGCCUCAAGACCCCCAAACCGCCCCACAGCCCAGCCUCAAGACCCCCAAACCGCCCACAGCCUCAAGACCCCCAAACCGCCCACAGCCCAGCCUCAAGAUCCCCAAACCGCCCCCAGCCCAGCCUCAAGACCCCCAAACCGCCCCCAGCCUCAAGAUCCCCAAACCGCCCCAUUUGCUCGAAAAAUAUAA